AUGGACAAAUUCUCAAAAAUCAAGAAGGUUCAACAGGAGGAGACGGCUCAGGAGAAGAUGGAGUGGGAAGCCGCUGGAGCCAAGGAUUCCAGUGAUGAUUCGUCAGAUGAAUCGGACGACCAACAAGUGCCGCAAAAACAGACGGAAGAGACACGCAAACGUGCUGAGCUCUGGACAAAUCGCGAGAGAGUUCUCGUUUUGUGCUCUCGCGGAGCCGAUGUUCGUACUCGUUAA